AAAUGAAAUUGGUCACGUAUUUACUCCUCGAACCGUAAAGCGUAAAACCAAACUUUGAUUUCGCUUUUCCUUUUUGUGGGGUCCACGAUUCCCAGCACCGAAACGUGCGUACUCGGGAAGAGCGCAAAGCAUCCGGAAUUUGUUUUUUGGUUGAAUCUUGUGUUGAAGUUAAUUUUGUGUUCCACUGCUAAAGCUUACCGCGAAGUUCCAAACAGAGUGAGCAGUCACCAUUUAGCGUGACUCAUUGAAAUUUCCAAACGGACCCAUGCGUUCGGAAGCUGAACCGAUCACCCGAAACCUGCUUCCAACGUGUGCUCCGGAACGAUCGGAUCUCCGCAUAGUGUCUGCGUAGUACGUUGCGCUUGCGUGAUUCAUGUACGCCACUGAGAGUGGAUCGGUUACACUAAAGCGUGUUACUCAUUGACCGGACAAGCGUGAUAGUUCAAUUAGGGCGACGAAAUGAAGCCAUUCAAAAACGAAUUACUGUGACGGAAAACAAAGCAACCAAAGCACCAGAAAGCUGUCAUUUGUGUGCCGCGUGUAAAAGACGAAAAUGUCAAACUCCUGGGCUCCUAAGGGAGGCUAAGCGAAGGAGGUUGUUUAUUCUUUCCGAAGCCUUUACACUAAAUCCGGCACCAUAAAAAGGAACCGCGUGGAAUGGGAAGUGGCCACAAGGAAUGCCUUUGGUCAAAAAGUGGGUUUGAGCAGUGUUCAUUAAAAGUUUUUGUUUCCCUUUUUCGUAGUGAUGUGAAGCACCGGGCGCAUGCUAAAAAAGGCUAAAAACCCAGCCCCCGCUCAUCGUCAACAAAACGUUCGAAAAAGCCUCGAGAAAAAUCACUCCAAACCGCAUCGUUUAGCAUCACACCAUCGUUCCGCAUCGAUUCGAAAGUGAAUUAUCAACAUUUUACGCUUCUGUAGUGUGUGUGUGCGUGCUUUUAAAAGAAGAAGAACAACAAAUAAAGCUACCGACAAUGAAGUCCCCACAGAAGGGGAUGCUGUUGUCCGGUGGAUGGAUGAUCGUGAUGGUGCUGUUGCUUCCCGACGGUGAAGCAUUCAACCUUUCCCCAGUGCCAAACUACGUGUUCCGGGAACCAAACUUGGAGCUGCAUAUGGAAAAAGUACGAAGUUCGUACUUUGGAUAUUCGCUUAAUCUGCGCCCAGGCGGCGUAAUGGUCGGUGCACCGAGAGCCCAAUCGGAUUUGGCGGCACAGCGUAAGGUGAACGAAACUGGCGCCAUCUACCGGUGCCGCUUUACGGACGGCGAAUGUGGACCAUACUAUUUCGAUAAGAUAGGCAACACGAAAGCAGAACAAUCGGACUUUGCUUACAACUCGGAAAAGAAGGACUUUCAAAUGCUGGGCGCAACCAUGGAUGGCCAUGGAUCCGAUGGCGAUCGGUUUGUGGUGUGCGCACCGAAAACGAUCAGUGAGCUGGUCGACUACUAUCUGCUGCAUGGCAUUUGCUACGUCACGGACGGUACCGAACAGGAACAGGAACCGAAGGACAUCCGGAAGAUUAUUCCCUUGCGUGCGAAAGAUAAACAGCUGCACAAGGAUGCGUACGGACAGUACUACAACUACAUGUACGGUGAGCAGGGCAUUAGUGUGCACGUGACCGAUGAUGGUGAAGAGAUACUGAUCGGAGCUCCGGGAGUCUUUAACUGGCGCGGUACGGUGGUGCGACAUAGACGUCGCUUCAACGAAGAUAUGGGUGGACUCAGCCGACGUGAUGAUUGGUCUGCUCAGCAUCGUCCGACCAAUCGCCACAAGCGUCAGAUCAUCCAGUACGUCAGUGAUGUACCGAAUCCAUACUUUAGCGCUGUACGGGAUGAUUCAUACUUUGGGUAUGCAGUCGGGUCGGGAGAUUUUCGCGGCGAUCGAAAGAUACUGUACGUGGCGAGUGCUCCACAAUCGAACGGGCAGGUUGGCGAGGUGUUUAUAUUCGACAUCAUCAACGCCGAUUCGUUCCUGGAAACGCAGAUCAAGGUAUACUACACCUUUCCCGGCCAGCAGCAGGGUGAAUACUUCGGGUAUGCACUGCUGGCCGAAGACUUCAAUGGCGAUGGGUUCGCGGAUCUAGCUAUCUCGGCACCGAUGCACAGCCGAUCGGGUGACCACGAUAGUGGCGUCGUGUACGUCUUCUGGAACGAGGGCGAACUGAACUUUCAGCUGCAGGGAAAGCUUGCCGGAAAUCAUGAAGUUGCUGGGCGGUUCGGUACAAGUCUCGGCAGAAUUGGGGAUAUUAACAUGGACGGAUAUAAUGACAUUGCUGUAGGAGCUCCGUUCGAGGGUAAUGGUGCCGUGUACAUCUUUCUCGGCUCAGCAGACGGACUUCAAUCGAAACCAAGUCAACGGCUAACACCGCCACCGAAUGAGCUGCUAUCGCCACAAUCCAUGUUCGGGUUCGCCCUGUCACGUGGUAGCGACAUCGACGCAAAUGGUUACAAGGAUCUGGCCGUCGGUUCACCGAACGACGAGAAGGUGUACGUUUAUCGGACGUAUCCGGUGGUGCGUAUCGAAGCGGAGGUUACCUCCUCCAAGCGGGAACUAACACUAGAAGACACAACGUUCGAUUUGUCCAUCUGCAUGAGUGCAGUGUUUGCUGCGGGGCAACCAUUUGAUGUGCAGCUCAGUUACGAGCUGAGCGUGGAUGCACAGGUUGGUCGCGUUACGCUUCCCGGUGUUGGUGGUAAUAGACGGAACGAAACCAUCACCGUUACCGGCACGAACGAAUGUCGACGAAUCGAUGUGCGUCUGAAGGCUACCGCCGCCAGCAUCUAUAAGCCAGUGCUGGUCGAGCUUUCGUACGAACUGGUGCGUCAGCUUCCCGCCGAUACGGAUGCUAGCUUCUGUGCCGCGUGUGCUCUGCUAGAUCCAACUGUCCCGAAUCGACUGAUCCAAAAGAUUUCCUUCAAAACGGGCUGCCAAGGCGAGGUUUGCGUGUCAGAUUUACGUCUGUCUGCCCGUUGGGUAGACAUUUCGCCUGUUUACGUACUUGGCAGUACGAAAAAAGCAUCACUCGAGUUCGAGGUGUACAAUGCUGGGGAGAAUGCGUACUUACCUCAACUGAACGUCACCCUUACACCGGCCCGGUUAACACUGGCAAAGUUGACAUCGGAGUGCCAGCAAACGAUAACGGCCGAAGGCGUUAAUGUGCUGUGCGAUCUCAACAACGGUUUACCGCUAAAGUCAUCCUACACCUCCCGGUACACGCUCAUUCUCGACAUGACGAAGUUGGAGGGUAGCAGUGCUGAGAUUAAGGCGGAAGCUAUGAGUUCUAGCGAGGAAUCCGUACAGGCGGAUAACUUCCUUGAGCAGGUGCUUACACUACAGGAGUUUAGCGAUAUCGAGAUAAUAGGAAAAACGUCAACAUCGGAGGUAUUCCUGGAGCAGCAAAGUGGUAUACACAAUAUUACGUAUGAGAUUCAGGUCCACAGCAAUGGUCCUAGUACGUUCCGACGGUUAGGUUUCACGCUGGAUGUGCCGCUUGUGUAUCACAAACCAAGCUCCGGACAAUCGUUCAAGAUUAUCAACCUUAACAACAUUGUCGUAACGGGAUAUUACAAUUACAAAACGCUCGACUACACGUGGACCCAAAACAACACCAUCCUGCUGCCGAAUCCGAUCGAGCAUGAUCAUAUCCUUCCGCCCACUGUAGAUGUGGAAGAUAUGCACCGAUUACCGUCCGAUUUUGAUCUCCUAUCCGGCGGUGGUGGUGGUGCUGCAAUGGGUGACUUUGCUGGCGAAAAUCAGCCUCAUGCUUACGAUCCAAGUUCGAUGGGUAUGCAUCGCCGUCGUCGGCGUGGAACCGGUUCCCAGGAACAAACGUACAACCGAUACACUGGGCAGGUUUCGGGACAUUCGCGUGUACGCCGUAGUCUGUCGAAGGUGAACGAUGCCACCGUACAGGCCCUUCCCGGGAAUCGCACCCUGUUCUUCAACUGCGCCGAGGAGGACUCCUUCAUCGAGUGUGCCCGUCUGAAUGUGGCGGUAGACAUCUUUCGGCCGACAAAUGUGCCUAUCAUCAUAACGCUUCACUUCCAGCUCGAUCUGGACGCAAUUGGUGAAGCGUUUCUCGAGCGAGAAGACAUCUUUGCCCUGAUGAUGCUGGCCGACGUGCACAAGACGGGUGACCCGGAUGGUGUCACAUUCCGUCAGGUUCGUAGCAAUCCAUUCACGGUGGUGUAUCGCUAUUCGGACGGUAGUACUCCUAUCUGGGUGUACAUUGUAUCGGGACUCGGCGGACUGUUGCUGCUGGUGGCCAUCACGUACGGUAUGUAUCGGGCCGGCUUCUUCAAACGUGCCACCAAGGAAGAAAUGGAGAAACUGCAUCGAGAGAGCACACGUCUUAACGAGCCGGAACAGGUAAAUCAAUCACCGGCAGAAGCUGCCACCGAACUCUGAACUGAAAUGCUUGCCCGUUGAUGUUGAUGAACUCAGCUUUACGACAAAACACUGGCAGCAUACUUCUUGACACCAAAUUAUUAAGGCUAAGUGUUGCAGAGACGAUCUGCUGCUAAGGUAGGGUAGUGCAUUGUUAUAUUUAUAGCUGCGUGAGCUGUUCAAUGUGCCUCACAGCUAAUACGUAGUAGAUUUCACCACCAAAACAUUCAUGUAGGAUAGGAUUUUUAGGUAUUUACUUCUAUACGGUGCAUUUAGUUGGUACGACUGUAUGGUUAUUUGAUAGUUGCUUCGCUCUUUACCACGACUUGAUUCGGUGCCCAAUUCCAUGUGAAUUAUAUUUCAUCUUACGCAGGACUUGAUUAUGUCCAGCUUACAGGUAAAUAAAACAAACGCUACUUAAAGCCAGAAACGGUUUUCUAGGUUGUAGAGUGCCACAAAGAAGAACAAGAAGCUAUUAGUAUAUCUUCAUCAAAUCCCAUCUGGAUCGUUCCCCCAUAGCAAGGUGAUUUUUUGAUCCCCGACCUCCCUAUUGUAACAAAAAGUAACGCUGAAACGUAAAAGUUUGGCUAACCCAGGAGAAAAGUUAAU